GCGAGAGCGAGAGGGAUAUAGAGAGCGCGAAACAAGGAGCCGAUAGGCCGUCCGAAUACGAGCAGAGGGAGAGAGGGAGAGAAAGAGAGAGAGAGAGAGAGAGAGAGAGAGCUUUUCACUUCAUCGCCUUUCUUUCCCAACCGAAGUCGCGUUCUGUUAGCUGUCCCUGGGUUUUAGGGCAAAAAAAUUUGCAAAAAAAAGAAAAAGAAAAAAUUCAUUUAUGGGAAAAGGAACAAUACGCAGCAGGGUGCAGAGAUCACAAUCGCGAAAAUAAGAAAAGAAGAAGAAGAAGAAUAAGAUCUCGCUGUUUUCAGGGCUGGAUCGUUUAGUCAGUCUACGGAUUCCUUCAUUUCGGGAUUAGUUUAUGCGAUUUCUCGAUUUUCUGGAUUUAAAAAAUUUUUUUUUUUGGGUGGAGUGUUUUGGACGAAGACUAUCCUUUUGGAGCUUGGGAGAUUGUUGUAGAUCGUGGAGGUGGGUUCCGAUCUGCCGGACAGAUUGAUUGGGCGGCGGAGCAUCAUCGUCGGAUGAGAGGCUCACAUGUUCCAGUCAUCCCGGAAAACGAUGAAAUGGGGGUCAUUGCUUAAGGACAUCAAGGAAAAAGUCGGUCUUUCGCAGCCUUCGUCUGCGGCUUCGUCGCCGUCAUCAUCUGGCCGCCAUAAUGCUCCCUAUGCCGUGCAUGACUUUGCGCAGUCUCCUUCGAGAGACAAACAUGAACUGGAAUUGGACUUCAAGAGACAUUGGGAAGAUUUCCGUUCAUCCAGCUCAGAAAAGGAGAAAGAAGCGGCCUUGAAUUUGACUGUAGAUGCUUUUUGUAGAUUAGUGAAGCAGAAUGCUAAUGUAGCUCAAUUAGUUACCAUGUUAGUUGAAACACACAUAUUUUCUUUUGUUGUUGGGAGGGCAUUUGUAACAGAUAUUGAGAAGUUGAAAAUCAGCAGCAAAACACGAUCAUUACAUCUUGUGAAAGUGCUAAGUUUUUUUUCAGAGGUCACAAAGGAUGGCAUCUGUCCUGGGUCGAACUUAUUAAAUGCUGUGGAAGUUCUUGUUUCUGGGCCUAUUGAUAAACAAUCUCUCCUUGAUUCGGGAAUCUUUUGCUGUCUCAUUCAAAUUCUCAAUUCUCUUAUGGGAAAUGAUGAAUCUAAUCAAAGGAAUCAAGCUAGUGAUGGUGAAGGUUCAUUAUGUGCGGAAAAUGAUUAUGAUGGUAAUGGAGGGCAAGCCCGCUGGCUUGAGGUUGAGGGUAGUGUUGUGCAUGUCAUGAAAGCCUUGGCUAGCCACCCAUCUGCUGCACAGAGUUUGAUUGAGGAUGAUUCACUUCAGUUACUUUUUCAGAUGGUUGCCAAUGGGUCCUUGACUGUUUUCUCUCGAUAUAAAGAUGGCCUAGUUCCCUUGCACACCAUACAGCUUCAUAGACAUGCAAUGCAGAUAUUAGGUCUUCUUUUGGUUAAUGACAAUGGAAUUACAGCCAAGUAUAUACGCAAACAUCAUCUGAUUAGAGUUCUUUUAAUGGCUGUCAAGGAUUUCAAUCCUGACUGCGGUGACUCUGCCUACACAAUGGGCAUUGUGGACUUGUUGCCUGAAUGUGUGGAAUUGUCAUAUAGACCUGAGGCUGGUGGUAUCAGGCUCAGGGAGGACAUACACAAUGCUCAUGGUUAUCAAUUCCUUGUGCAGUUUGCAUUGAUACUUUCUACCAUGCCAAGAAAUCAGGGAUUCCAAUCUAUUCAUUCGGAGUCUUCUUCUGACCCAAAUUUUGCCUCAGAUGGUUCUCGUGGAUUUGAUGAUGCUACAAGGCAAGAGUUCAUGGGAGGAGGGGAGGGUUCAUCACACCUUCUGCCAACUCUAUCCAGAUUGCUCGAUGUUCUCGUUAAUUUAGCUCAAACAGGACCUCCUGAAUCAACAGGAUCAUCUGGAAUCAAGAAUUCCAAGUCUUCUCAUGCCAAGGCUAGUGGACAUGGCAGAAGUUCCGCAUCAUCUUCUGAAAGGCUUGGUGAUGAAUUUUGGGAGAAGGGAAAUAGUAAAGUUAAAGAUCUAGAAGCUGUCCAGAUGUUGCAAGAUAUUUUCCUUAAAGCUGGCAGCAGGGAGCUGCAGGCAGAAGUAUUAAACAGAAUGUUUAAGAUAUUUUCAAGUCAUCUUGAAAAUUACAAGUUGUGCCAGCAGUUACGAACUGUGCCACUCUUCAUUCUUAAUAUGGCUGGUUUUCCUCCAUCUCUACAAGAAAUCAUCUUGAAAAUUCUUGAAUAUGCUGUGACUGUAGUGAAUUGCAUUCCUGAGCAAGAGCUGCUUUCACUUUGCUGCCUCUUGCAGCAGCCGAUAACGUCUGAAUUAAAGCAAACAAUUCUUUCUUUUUUCGUAAAACUUUUGUCUUUUGAUCAGCAGUAUAAGAAAGUGCUGAGAGAAGUUGGUGUGCUGGAAGUUCUGUUAGAUGAUCUGAAGCAGCACAAGUUUCUUUCAGGCCAAGACCAGCACAAUGACAACUCUAAUAAGUUGGAGAGGAAAUCUAGCUCAAGCAGCUUCAAGAAACACUUGGACAGCAAGGAUAUUAUUAUUUCUUCACCUAAGUUAAUGGAAUCUGGCUCAGGGAAGUUUCCUCUCUUCGAAGUCGAGGUAACAAUUGCUGUUGCAUGGGAUUGCUUGGUUUCCCUAUUAAAAAAAGCUGAGGCAAAUCAAGCAUCUUUCCGAUCUGCAAAUGGCGUGACCACUGUUCUCCCCUUUUUGGUAUCUGAUAUUCAUCGUCCAGGUGUCCUCCGAAUACUAUCUUGUUUGAUUAUUGAAGAUGUUACGCAGGCUCAUCCAGAAGAAUUAGGUGCGUUGGUUGAAGUUUUAAAAAGUGGAAUGGUCACAAGCUCUUUGGGAUCCCAGUACAGGCUUCAAAAUAAUGCAAAAUGUGAUACUUUGGGAGCAUUAUGGCGCAUGUUGGGAGUAAAUAAUUAUGCUCAAAGGGUCUUCGGCGAAGCCACUGGCUUUUCUCUUUUAUUAACCACCUUGCAUGGUUUCCAAAGCGAAGGGGAACACACAGAUUCAGUGCCUUACAUCAAAUUGUUUACGUAUCUUUUGCGUGUCAUGACAACUGGAGUGAGUGAUAAUGUUAUUAACAGGACGAAGUUGCAUACAGUUAUUUCAUCCCAAACAUUUUAUGAUCUUCUGUUGGAGUCGGGUUUGCUUUGUGUGGAGUGUGAGAAGCAAGUCAUUCAAUUGUUGUUGGAACUUGCUCUUGAAGUGGUGCUUCCCCCAUUCUUAACGCCUGAAACUUCCAAUUCAGAUAUGAUUGAAGAUGGAUCUGCUGCUUUCCUUCUAAAUACUUCUGGUUCUUUUAGUACUGAUAAGGAACGGGUGUAUAAUGCUGGGUCUGUUAAAGUUCUUAUACGUUCACUGUUGCUUUUUACUCCAAAGGUGCAGUUAGAGAUACUGAACUUUAUUGAAAAGCUUGCUCGUGCAGGCCCCUUCAACCAGGAAACGCUUACCUCUGUAGGUUGUGUGGAACUUCUACUGGAGACGGUUCAACCCUUUCUUUCGGGCUCAUCACCAUUACUAUACCAUGCUUUGAAAAUUGUGGAAGUUCUUGGGGCCUAUAGGUUGUCAAUGUCAGAACUCCGAGUGCUUAUUAGAUAUAUUCUGCAGUUGAGGCUGAUGAAGUCGGGUCAUAUUCUUGUUAGUAUGAUGGAGAGGUUAAUUUGUAUGGAAGAUAUGACAUCAGAAAAUGUUUCCCUGUCUCCAUUUAUAGAGAUGGACAUGAGUACGGUUGGCCAUGCUUCUGUUCAAGUGUCUCUGGGUGAAAGAUCAUGGCCUCCUGCUGCUGGUUAUUCAUUUGUUUGUUGGUUUCAAUUUGGUAAUUUUUUGAAAUCGCAAGCGAAAGAAACAGAACUUUCCAGGGCUGCACCUUCUAAGAGGCGGAGCGCUUCUAGUGGGCAGCACCAUGGAGGCCAUGUUCUCCGGAUAUUCUCUGUUGGUGCGGUGGAUAAUGGGAACACAUUCUAUGCAGAACUUUAUAUUCAGGAAGAUGGUGUGUUAACACUUGCAACCAGCAACUCUUCAUUUCUAUCUUUUUCUGGGUUAGAAUUAGAGGAAGGCAGGUGGCAUCAUCUUGCAGUAGUUCAUAGCAAACCGAAUGCUCUGGCUGGACUAUUCCAGGCUAGUGUUGCAUACAUAUAUCUAAACGGAAAGUUGAGGCACACAGGAAAGCUAGGAUAUUCUCCAUCUCCAGCUGGAAAGUCUUUGCAAGUAACUGUUGGGACACCGGUUACUUGUGCUAGGAUUAGUCGCUUGUCGUGGAAACUUCGAUGUUGCUAUCUUUUUGAAGAGGUACUCUCACCUGGUUCUAUAUGUUUCAUGUAUAUUCUUGGUAGAGGAUACAGAGGGCUUUUCCAAGACACAGAUCUAUUGCGUUUUGUUCCUAACCAGGCUUGUGGUGGUGGUAGUAUGGCCAUCUUAGAUUCAUUAGAUGCUGAUUUGCCUUUGGCUUCUAACAUGCAAAGGCUUGAUGGUGCUAGCAAGCAAGGGAAUUCAAAGGCUGAUGGCAGUGGCAUUGUCUGGGAUAUGGAGAGACUAGGAAACCUUUCAUUGCAGCUCUCUGGGAAGAAGCUUAUAUUUGCAUUUGAUGGGACAUGUACUGAGGCUUCUCGACCUUUUGGGACCUUGUCCAUGAUCAAUUUAGUUGAUCCAACGUCAGCAGCUGCUUCUCCUAUUGGGGGUAUACCACGCUUUGGACGUCUUCAUGGGGAUAUCUAUAUCUGUAGGCAAUGUGCUAUUGGUGAUACUAUCCCCCCAAUUGGUGGAAUGGCUGUUGUCCUGGCCCUUGUUGAAGCUGCUGAAACAAGGGAUAUGCUGCACAUGGCUCUGUCAUUGCUUGCAUGUGCUCUUCAUCAGAAUCCACAGAAUGUGAGAGACAUGCAGACAUAUCGGGGAUAUCACUUGCUUGCUCUCUUUUUGCAUCGUAGGAUGUCAUUAUUUGACAUGCUGUCUCUUGAGAUCUUUUUCCAGAUUGCUGCAUGUGAAGCCUCAUUUUCUGAACCAAAGAGAUUAGGAAAUGUUCAGACUACUUUGUCACCUCCUGCAAGUAUCCCAGAAGCCAGCCUUGAGGAUCUUAGUUUGUCAAAAUUUCGUGAUGAAUUGUCUUCAGCUGGAUCUCAUGGAGAUAUGGAUGAUUUUUCUGCUCAAAAAGAUUCUUUUAGUCACAUGUCAGAGCUUGAAAAUACUGAUUUGCAAGCUGAAACAUCAAAUUGCAUUGUCUUGUCAAAUGCAGAUAUGGUUGAACAUGUGUUGUUAGACUGGACUUUGUGGGUAACAGCUCCGAUUUCAAUUCAAAUUGCACUGCUGAGCUUCCUUGAGCACCUAGUGUCAAUGCAUUGGUACCGGAAUCAUAACCUGACAGUUUUACGCCGUAUCAACCUUGUUCAACAUUUACUUGUAACUCUGCAGAGGGGUGAUGUUGAAAUUCCUGUCUUGGAAAAAUUGGUUGUGUUACUUGGGGUGAUUUUAGAAGAUGGUUUUCUGGCUUCUGAACUUGAACAUGUUGUCAGGUUUGUGAUUAUGACAUUUGAUCCACCUGAGCUGACACCGCGCCAUCAAAUAGCUCGGGAGUCUAUGGGGAAGCAUGUUAUUGUAAGGAAUAUGUUGCUGGAGAUGCUUAUCGAUCUACAAGUCACCAUAAAAUUAGAAGAGUUGCUCGAGCAAUGGCAUAAAAUUGUUUCAUCCAAAUUGAUUACAUAUUUCCUUGAUGAAGCUGUUCAUCCUACUAGUAUGAGAUGGAUAAUGACUCUUCUUGGUGUUUGUCUUGCAUCGUCUCCUACAUUUUCACUUAAAUUUCGCACUAGUGGAGGUUAUCAGGGUCUGGCACGGGUACUUCCUAGUUUCUAUGAUUCCCCAGAUAUAUAUUAUAUUCUUUUCUGUUUGAUAUUUGGCAAGCCUGUAUAUCCAAGGUUACCUGAAGUUCGCAUGCUAGACUUUCAUGCCCUUAUGCCAAGUGAUGGAAUUUAUGGAGAGCUGAAAUUUGUAGAACUGUUGGAAUCUGUGAUUGCAAUGGCAAAGUCUACUUUUGAUAGGUUGAGCAUGCAAUCAAUGAUUGCCCACCAAACUGGCAAUCUUUCCCAGGUCAGUGUGGGCAUUGUGGCAGAGCUUGUGGAAGGAAAUGCAGACACAACAGGAGAGCUUCAAGGUGAAGCUCUGAUGCAUAAGACGUAUGCAGCACGCCUAAUGGGUGGGGAGGCAUCUGCUCCUGCUGCUGCCACUUCAGUGCUGAGAUUCAUGGUUGAUCUGGCAAAAAUGUGUAGUCCAUUCUCUGCUGUAUGCAGACGGGCAGAUUUUCUAGAAAGCUGUGUUGACCUUUAUUUUUCUUGUGUUAGGGCUGCCUUUGCAGUGAAGAUGGCAAAAGAACUCUCUGUGAGGACAGAUGAGAAGAACAUGAAUGACUGUGAUGAUACUAAUAGUUCCCAGAAUACAUUUUCUAGCAUGCCUCAUGAACAGGAGCCGUCUACCAAAACCUCCAUAAGUGUUGGAAGCUUUGCUCAAGGGCAGGUAAGUACAAGCUCUGAGGACAUGCCUGUGCCCAUAAAUAAUAUUGAUGAUGAUGAAGCAGAAAUAAAUAUCGCCGUGUACCAGCAGGAAUCAAUGAAAUCUGUUCAAGAUGUUAACACUGUUCAGAGUUUAGAUGCUGAAGCUAUUGAUCAAGUGUCUACAGCUACUUCCAGCAGUAAUGAAUACAGUUUUCGCAACAGUAAGGGCACAGUGGAUCCCAUUCAUCCAACUGAUUCACAGAGUUCCACAUCUUUAACUGUACUUGAUUCCCCAGUUCUAUCUGAUAGAUCUAAUUCCAGAAUUCCUCUUACUCCCCUUUCAUCUCCUGUCAUUGCAUUGACAUCUUGGCUGGGAAGUAGUGGCCAUAAUGAAUCAAAGGCUCACUUGGUUGCCACUCCUUCUAUGGAAUCUUCUGUGUCUGUAAGUGAGUACGAGCAGUCCUCAGACUUGAAGUCCCUCUCUCAAGGAUCAUCUACUGCAAAUACAUUUUUUGCUAUUAAUUCAAAGCUCCUACUUGAAAUGGAUGAUUCUGGCUAUGGGGGUGGUCCUUGCUCUGCUGGAGCUACUGCUGUUCUGGAUUUUAUGGCAGAAGUGCUUUCUGAUUUUGUGACUGAGCAGAUAAAAGCAGCAGCAGUCAUAGAGAGUAUCUUGGAAGCUGUUCCUUUGUAUGUUGAUGUUGAUUGUGUACUAGUUUUUCAGGGUCUAUGCCUGAGUAGACUGAUGAACUUCCUUGAAAGGCGUCUUUUGCGUGAUGAUGAGGAAGAUGAGAAAAAGUUAGAUAAGAGUCGCUGGUCCACAAACUUGGAUGCUUUGUGCUGGAUGAUAGUUGAUCGUGUAUAUAUGGGUGCCUUUCCACAGCCUGCUGGUGCACUGAAAACUCUGGAAUUCUUGUUAUCUAUGCUACAGCUGGCAAACAAAGAUGGUCGGAUAGAAGAAGCAGCUCCGACUGGAAAGGGUCUUUUGUCAAUUGCAAGAGGAAGUAGACAACUUGAUGCCUAUGUACAUGCACUUCUUAAAAAUACAAACCGAAUGAUACUGUAUUGUUUCCUGCCGUCAUUCUUGGUCUCCAUAGGAGAAGAAAAUCUUCUUUUAUGCUUGGGUCUGCAAAAUGAACCUAGGAAGAGAUUCUCAAACUCUUCACAAGAAGAUAAUGGCAUUGAUAUCUGCACUGUCUUGCAGUUAUUAGUUGCUCACAGGCAAAUUAUAUUUUGUGCCAGCAAUCUUGAUACUGACCUAAAUUGCUGUCUUUGUGUAAAUUUGAUCUCUCUUCUUCGAGACCAAAGACAACAAGUACAGAACAUGGCAGUUGAUAUUGUCAAGUAUCUACUGGUGCAUCGUAGGGCUGCAUUAGAAGACUUGCUUGUUUCUAAACCAAACCAAGGACAGCAUCUGGAUGUUCUACAUGGUGGUUUCGACAAGCUGUUGACUGGAAGCUUACUUGCUUUCUUUGAGUGGCUUUGGAGUUCUGAACAGAUUGUCAAUAAAGUAUUGGAGCAGUGUGCUGCUAUUAUGUGGGUACAAUUUAUUGCUGGCUCAACAAAGUUUCCUGGUGUGAGAAUAAAAGGAAUGGAAGGUCGUCGUAAGAGGGAAAUGGGGAGAAGGUCUCGAGAUAUUUCAAAAUUAGACCUAAGACACUGGGAGCAGGUAAAUGAACGGAGAUAUGCACUUGAAGUGGUUCGUGAUGCAAUGUCUACUGAGCUGAGAGUUGUUCGUCAAGAUAAGUAUGGUUGGGUUCUUCAUGCUGAAAGUGAGUGGCAAAUCCAUCUUCAACAACUUGUACAUGAACGGGGAAUAUUUCCUAUGCGUAAAACCUCUGAGACUGAAGAUCCUGAAUGGCAGCUUUGUCCCAUUGAAGGUCCAUAUCGAAUGCGGAAAAAGCUUGAGCGCUGCCAGUUGAAGAUUGAUACCAUUCAAAAUAUCCUAGAUGGAGAGUUUAAAUCAGGAGAAGCAGAACAAUCAAAAACUAAAAGUAGGAAUGGUCUUAAUGAUUCUGAUACUGAUUCGGAUUCAUUUUUUCAUCUUGUAGCUGAUAGAUCUGAACAGAAUGGCUUUGACGGUGAGCUGUAUGGAGAAUCAUUUUUCAACGAAUCUGAUGAUGUCAAAGAUGUAGCCUCUGCUCGGGUUGGGUGGAACGAUGACCGUGCAAGUAGUAUAAAUGAAGCAAGUCUUCACUCUGCUCUGGAGUUUGGUGUCAAGUCUAGUGCAGGGUCCAUCCCAGUAACAGACAGCAUACAAGACAGAUCUGAUCUAGGAUCUCCAAGGCAGUCCUCUAUGAAAAUUGAUGAGGUGAAAGUUGCAGAGGAUAAAGGAGAUAAGGAACUGAAUGAUAAUGGUGAAUACCUAAUUAGACCUUAUCUGGAACCUCUUGAAAAAAUAAGAUUCAGGUAUAAUUGUGAACGAGUUGUUGGUCUUGACAAACAUGAUGGCAUAUUUCUGAUUGGGGAACUUUCUUUGUAUGUUAUUGAGAACUUCUACAUUGAUGAUUCUGGAUGCAUUUGUGAGAAGGAAUGUGAAGAUGAACUCUCUGUUAUUGAUCAGGCUUUGGGUGUAAAGAAGGAUGUGACUGGCAGUAUGGAUUUUCAGUCUAAGUCAACUUCAUCCUGGGGUACUACCGUCAAGGCCUGGAUUGGGGGAAGGGCAUGGGCUUACAAUGGUGGUGCAUGGGGAAAGGAAAAAGUGUGUUCUAGUGGUAAUCUGCCUCAUCUCUGGCGUAUGUGGAAACUUAAUAGUGUUCUUGAAAUCUUGAAGCGUGAUUACCAGCUGCGUCCUGUUGCUAUUGAGAUAUUUAGCAUGGAUGGCUGUAAUGAUCUCCUGGUUUUCCACAAGAAGGAGAGAGAGGAAGUAUUUAAAAAUUUGGUUGCUAUGAAUCUUCCAAGAAACAGCAUGUUGGACACAACCAUUUCGGGAUCAACAAAACAAGAAAGCAGUGAGGGCAGCCGUCUUUUUAAGAUUAUGGCUAAAUCCUUCUCAAAGAGGUGGCAAAAUGGAGAAAUUAGCAAUUUCCAGUACCUCAUGCACCUAAACACCCUGGCAGGACGAGGAUACAGUGAUCUCACCCAGUAUCCAGUGUUUCCAUGGGUUCUUGCAGACUAUGAAAGUGAACAUUUGGACCUGUCAAAUCCCAAAACAUUCCGUAGGCUUGAUAAACCGAUGGGUUGUCAAACGCCAGAAGGGGAAGAGGAGUUUAGGAAAAGAUAUGAGAGCUGGGAUGAUCCAGAAGUCCCCAAAUUUCACUAUGGUUCUCAUUAUUCUAGUGCUGGAAUUGUCCUCUUCUACCUUCUACGCCUGCCACCAUUUAGUGCAGAAAAUCAGAAGCUGCAAGGUGGCCAGUUUGACCAUGCUGAUCGUCUUUUCAAUAGUGUAAGAGACACAUGGUUAAGUGCAGCUGGCAAGGGAAAUACAUCUGAUGUAAAAGAACUGAUUCCAGAAUUCUUUUACGUGCCAGAGUUCCUGGAAAAUAGGUUCAAUCUCGACUUGGGUGAGAAACAGUCUGGAGAGAAGGUUGGUGAUGUUGUAUUACCUCCAUGGACCAAAGGCAGUGCUAGAGAGUUCAUCAGAAAGCACAGGGAAGCAUUGGAAUCUGAUUUUGUUUCUGAACAUCUGCAUCACUGGAUAGACCUCAUCUUUGGAUAUAAACAGAGAGGAAAGGCUGCUGAGGAAGCUGUGAAUGUUUUCUAUCAUUAUACGUAUGAAGGUAGUGUGGACAUAGACUCUGUUACAGAUCCUGCAAUGAAAGCUUCCAUUCUAGCGCAGAUUAAUCACUUUGGGCAGACACCGAAGCAAUUAUUCCUCAAACCUCACGUUAAGCGACGGUCUGAUAGAAAGCUUCCUCCUCAUCCACUCAAGUACUCUGCCUAUCUUGUUCCACAUGAAAUACGCAAGAGCUCAUCUCCCAUAACUCAGAUAGUUACUUUCCAUGAGAAGAUUCUUUUGGCUGGAACAAAUAACUUACUUAAACCCAGGACAUAUACCAAAUAUGUUGCAUGGGGUUUUCCGGACCGUAGCUUGAGAUUUAUGAGUUAUGACCAAGACAGACUUCUUUCUACACAUGAGAAUCUCCAUGGAGGCUACCAGAUUCAUUGUGCUGGUGUCAGCCAUGAUGGUCAUAUUCUUGUUACAGGUGCUGAUGAUGGACUGAUUUCUGUUUGGAGAAUUGUGAAGGAUGGACCCCGGGCUCUGCGAUGCCUGCAGUUGGAGAAGGCAUUAUGUGCUCAUACAGCCAAAGUCACUUGCCUUCGUGUAAGCCAGCCCUACAUGCUGAUUGUCAGUGGAUCAGAUGACUGCACUAUUAUCUUGUGGGAUCUGAGCUCCUUGGUUUUUAUUAGGCAGCUUCCCGAGUUCCCAGCACCGAUUUCAGCAGUUUAUGUGAAUGACUUGAAUGGUGAAAUAGUGACUGCCGCUGGAGUUUUGCUUGCUGUUUGGAGUAUUAAUGGGGAUUGCUUAGCUGUGGUUAACACGUCCCAACUUCCAUCUGAUUUUAUACUCUCAGUGACCAGCUGUACAUUUUCCGACUGGCUGGACACAAAUUGGUAUGUGACAGGUCACCAAAGUGGGGCAGUUAAAGUGUGGCAAAUGGUUCAUUGUUCUGAUGAGGGGAGCAUACGAAGCAAGUCAACCAGCAAUGGAACGGGAGGAUUUGGCUUGAAUGACAAGGCACCGGAAUACAGACUGAUCCUGCAGAAGGUUAUGAAGUUUCACAAGCAACCGGUUACUGCCCUACACCUGACUAGUGAUCUGAAGCAGCUGUUGAGUGGGGACUCUGCUGGGCAUUUACUAUCAUGGACAGUGCCGGAUGAGAGUCUGAGAUCUUCAACUAAUCAGGGGUGAUGAGUAGAAUUAGCGACUUGAAUGUGACAUUUCUAGCCCCUCCCCGUUGAGGAAACUGUUGAUUUUUCAUCAAACCCUGUGGGGUUUCACAUGUGUAUCCUUACUGAUGAAGAAUGGAUGUUUCAUAAUACAUUGAAAAAGGAAUGCCAAGACAGCUGGGCUGGCCUGGGGUUGAGACUGGAAAGACAUUUGGGCCAAAAAUCAUCACGCAGCCUGCCCUGAAUACCCAACUUCUGGGUUAAAACUUAGUGCUUCAGAUGGCGCAGGGCAAUGGACUGCUUUUUGUAGCAUUUUGGAUACUCGGCAGAGGAAGUUUUUGAUCCUCCUACAGAAAUGGGUCUUGGCUUUUUUAUGUAUAUAGGUGGAUGGCUAACUGUGUGAUAAGAAUUUGUAUAGCGAUAGUUGUAUUUGCCAGGUAAGAUGUCAGUGAAAAUGAUCUGGCCAGUUUGAACAAGGGACACGAUUAAUUGUUGGGUGUGAUUCCUUCUGGCUUAAAUUCUUUUUUGCGCGAGUGCAAUUGGGUACCCACUGCCCUUUUUGUUGUGGAAUAUUAAAGUCCUCUCUCACUGUUGCUCUUC